UUUAUUCUCAUAGCCUAAUUUCGCCCCUGAAAUAUAAUAACUUCCUGCCCAAACAUCUUUUUUUGUACCAUUACAAAUAAGAGAGUAAACAAGGAUGACAGAAUUAGGUGGAACGGCUUGUAUAAAUUUAUGAUUAUCUUUUAAUUUACUUUGAAAACUGUAUUCACAAUACAUACAUAUGCAUACUUCGCACUUUGUACCAUUUAUUUUUAUACCAUACGUGGAGAUACCAAUCACUUGUUACAUACUGAUGUGUAAAUCCAUUACAAUAACAAAUAAACAUGAGCCUGCACUGGACUUUAAUUGCUGGAUUUCUUUAUUUUGAAAUUGUAGUAGUUUUAUUAUUAGUAUUACCAAUUAUUUCACCUAAAAGAUGGCAGAAGCUUUUUAAAUCCAAAUUUCUAAAAAGUUUAAGUAGUCAAGCAUCAGUUUACUUCUUAUUUUUACUUGGAAUAUUGGUUUUGUUUCUAUUGGAUGCCAUUAGAGAAAUGCGAAAAUAUUCUACAGUUACCGAACAUAAAGAAUAUCAUUUGAAUGCCGAAAUGCAAGGCAAUAUGAGAUUAUUCAGAGCUGAACGAAAUUUUUAUAUAGCCGGUUUCGCACUGUUUUUAAGUCUUGUUAUACAUCGACUUGUGAUUUUAAUUUCUACUCAAGCCACUCUGUUGGCACAAAAUGAAGCAGCUAUGCGUCAGGCUGAAUCUGCUACUACAACAGCAAAACAUUUAUUGUCGCAAAAAACAAUCGGAGAGAUCGCACAAAAUGACUCAAAUGAAGCUCAUGAUGAAGAAAUAACAGAGUGGAAGAAUCAAGUUAAGGAGCUGCAAACGAAAAAUCAAGAAUUGGAACAUCAGCUUACAAAAGAAAAGAAAGAUAAAGAAGCUAUAAAAUCACAAGCUGAAUCUCUUACCAAGGAGUAUGACCGCUUAAACGACGAACAUAGCAAAUGUCUUUGUUCAAGUGGUAAUAAGAAAAGUGAUUAAAUGAUGGUUUUGUUACAUCCUUUGUACUUUUUAAGUUUUUCUUCCUCGUUAUUUAAUAUCUGCAUCAAAUUUUGUUAUAAUUAUACGUAUUUUAUAUUAUAUACAUAUAUUAUAUGAUGUGUGUGUGUGUGUGUGUGUGUAUAUAUAUAUAUAUAUAUAUAUAUACAUAUACACAUAUAUAUUUAUUAUGCAUUAAUUUGUGCAUUGUAUAGUAUUGUAUGGAGGAAAAAUUGUGAAAGUAUAAAUUAUUUAAAAUAGGUAAUUCAAUGUUAUAAAAUAACCGACGUCCAGCGUAUGUUGGGUUAUUCUUAGUCCUCGCGAAAGGUUCGUGAAGAAAAGUAUAUACUAAUCAUAAUAAAACAUAAAGUUAAGAUCAAUAA